GAAGGAUGGCAAGCAACUCAUGGAAAGCGAUCACAUUAAGUUCACGAAGGAGUCUGACACAGUGUUUGCCUUCAAGAUCGACAGCAUGCAGAUGGACGACUGCUGUACAUACACGGUCGUGGCCAGCAACCCCAUGGGCCAGGUGUCCGAGUUCUUCACCAUCGCCACAGACGCAGCUCCUCAGAUCACCCGCGGCCUCGACCCCGAGAUCGAGAAGCGAUACACCUACGACAUCGCCCUUGAAGUCCGAGGUACCGGCAGCCCCAAGCCCAUGGCCAGAUGGUACAAGAACGGAAAGGAGAUCAUGGCUGACGACAGGUUCAAGAUGGUCGUUGAUGAAUCCUUCUACAUCCUUAAGAUCCGCCGCUUGGAGAGGAAGGACAAGGGCACCUAUUGCUGCGAGCUCUCCAACUCGAGCGGAACUGCGAAGACCGAGGGUGUGCUGUCGGUGCGAGCUCCUCCAGACUUCGUCACGCCGCUUAAGGAUGCGUGCGCCAAGGAGGGCGGGAAGGACGUCAAGAUGUUCGUCGAGUGGGAAGCCAACCCGGCGCCAACCGUCAAAUGGUUCUUCAACGACAAGCCCAUUCGCGACGAUACCCCCGGCUAUACCCUCCGUGGACAGGACACCAGCAUGGUGCUCACCAUUCACGAGGCGACAGAGGAUGUUGUUGGCACGUACACCGUUAAGGCAACUAACGAGUACGGCGAAAGCGUCUGUAAGGCCAGGUUCCGUCUGCACGAAGCUCCUGUUGUUACCGAAGGCCUCAAGGACGCAGAAUUCCUUGAAGACAGCAGUGCGAAGUUUACCUUCAAGGCAACGGGCGUCCCCACUCCUGAGAUCAAAUGGACGAAGGACGGCAAGAAGUGGAGCCCCGACAUGAACCGCGUGAAGAUCAAGCAGGAGGGCGACGACACCUUCACGCUCUACUUCGACGAAGCCAAGACCGAGGACUCGGGCCAUUACGUGGCUACGAUUUCCAACGUCGAGGGCACCGCAAGCACCGAGGCCACCAUCGUUGUCAACACGCCGCCCCACAUCAAGGGCAGCAACUUCAGGGACGGCAAGACUUUCAUCGCCAUGCAUAAAUUUGUGCUGGAAGUGGAAGCCACCGCAGUGCCCGAGGCGGAGGCGACCUGGUAUUUCAACGACAAGAAACUCUCCGCGGAGGAAGACAAUGUCAAGUUCGCCUUCGACGGCAACAAGUACACAAUGGAAAGGAUUGGCAGCGAUCCCGAGCACAGCGGACAGUACAAGUGUGUGUUGAAGAACAAGAUCAAGGAAGUGGAAGAGAUUGGACAGGUCACCGUCAUCGAGAAAGAAGCUCGAGUACGCCGCCCGCUCGAAGAUAUUUACGUCAAAGAGAACACAGAUGCCACACUCAAGUGCCAGAUCGUGGGAGACCCCAUCCCCAGCGUGGAGUGGCUUCGUAAUGGAAAGCCUCUGCCGCCGUCGGAGCGUUACGAAGUAUCGGAGGAGCGCAUGAAGGGCUGGCACACGCUCGUCCUCAAGGAAGUCACCGAGCAGGACAAGAGCACCUUCACGGUGAAGGGCAAAAACAAGCACGGCGAGUGUGAGACCACGGCGCGCCUGGGUGUGCUGGUCCGGCCACAGCCAGGAGAACUUCACGAUGCCACCGUCGAUUAUGGCAAGGACCUUCUCCUCAACGUUGCCAUCCAUGCCUUCCCGCCUCCCAAGAUGGUUUGGACCUUGGACGGCCGCGAACUGCAGGAGGGCGACCACUACGAGUACACAAGGGACGAGGAAAAGGAAGUUUACGGCCUCCUCGUUCACUCGGCUGUCCUGGAGGACGCCGGCAAGAUCACCUUCACUGCCUCCAAUGCUGCAGGUUCCGAGUCUGGGUCCUGCACCGUCAAAGUACACACCGAGAAGCCAGCCAUCGUAGCUGAUCUGGAGGACUUGAGCUUCUGCCUGGAGGACGACGCCGUGUUCACCCUCCGCGCCUCGGGCCUCCCACUCCCCGACGUCGAAUGGAAGCUGCACGACAAGGUGGUCAAGGCGGACGAGCGCCACGUCUUCACCAACCCCGAACCGGGAGUCUACUGCAUGACCAUCAAGGACGUCUGCAUGAACGAUUACGGCCCUGUGGCGGUCGUGGCCAAGAGUCUGGUGGGCGAGUGCGCGUCGGCCGCAAAGUUCUCGCAGAAGAAGAUACCCUGCGAAGUGGUUGAGGGCCUGGAGAACGUCACCAAGGGCGCCGAAGGGGAUGACGUCUCUCUCACCGUCAAGAUCAGGGCUUCGCCGAGACCCAACUUCGUUUGGACGAAGGACAGCGACAACUGCGAGGCCAGCGAGAAGAUCAUAAUCGAGAUGAAGAAGACGUCGUACUGCGAGGCGACCAUCUCCCUCACUCUGGUCGAGGCCUCCUCCAUCGACUCCGGCCAGUAUCGCCUCAGGUUCCAGAACGAGCUUAACGAGGAGAGCUCAGAGACCGCACUCAUCGUCAGGCCCGAGCGCAGGAAGCCCAAGAUCACCAAGCCUCCCAAGGAACUGCAAGUCUUGGAGAGGAAACGCGGUAUUUUCCAAGCCAAGGUUACUGGAUUCCCCAAGCCCGAGGUCAAGUGGAUGAAGGAUGGACGGCAGAUCUACCCGACAGACAUCAUUGACACUGGUGUCACUGGAGACGGAUUCCAGUACCUUGAGUUCAAAACAGUUACCAUGGAGGACGUUGGUCAAUACACCAUCUUUGCUUCCAACGAAGAGGGAACCGCUGAAGCCCAUGCUUCACUCACUGUCGUUCCUCCUCCAUCGAAGCCCGAGUUCCUCCAGAGCUUGAAAGCCAGCAAGGUCAUUCUGGGAUACCCAGUUAGGAUGGAGGUUAAGCUUGGCGGACACCCGAUGCCAGAAGUCCAGUGGUUGAAGGACGGCCAGCCUCUCAACAUUGACGGAACGCACUACAAGCAGAUAGUGGAGCCCGACGGGACGGUGAUCCUGCAGAUCGACGCGGCCACCGAGGGCGAUAUGGGAGAAAUCACGUGCGUAGCGAAGAACCCCGAGGGCGACUCCCAAUCCUCCGCCACACUCUCCGUCCUCGGCUUCAAGCGCGAGGACGGUCAGCCCGACGGCCCUGCUGCCUUCACCGAAGGCCUCAAGGACAUGUGCUUCGACGAGGGUAUGGUGAUGCGCCUUCCCGUGGCGAUGAAGGGCGGCCCAGUUCCAAACAUGAAGUGGUACAAGGACGGCCAGGAGAUCAAGCUGGACGACCGCUGCUUCUUCACCUACGACGGCGAUCGGACAUACCUUGAAAUCCGUCCUUGCAAGGGAUCCGACUCAGGAAUGUAUAAGUGUGUAAUCCAGAACAGUCAUGGAUCAGCUGAGACGGAGUGCGAAGUGUCCAUCAGGAAGUGCUACGAACCUCCAUUCUUCACCAGCACCUUCACCAGAAUGGAUAAGCUGCCUGGUAGUGAGGUUAAGAUGUCGGUGAGGUACGACGGCGUGCCCAAGCCCGAGCUCUCCUGGUUCCACAACGGCGAGCCCAUCCUACACGACGGUGACAAGUACCGCAUCAGGAAGGAGGGCGAUGGUCAGACUCUCACGGUGAAGGAGCUCACCUACAGCGACUCUGGCAACUGGAAGGUUGUCGCCAAGAACCGCGAGGGAGAAACUGAGCACGAGGCAGAACUCAAUGUUUCUGAUGACGUAGAUCCUAAUAGGCGCGUGGAGGCCCCUGUGUUCAUGAAGGUGAUUGGAGACCAAGAGCUUUUCGAAGGCUACAACGCUCUCUUCAAGGCUGUGGUGUCGGGCAAGCCAGAGCCUGAGUUCAAGUGGCUCAAGAACGGAGGCACCAUCGUGGCAUCGAACCGCGUUAUCAUGGAGCGCGAUCCUGAGGGUCUCAUUCGUCUCACCAUUAAGAGGAUUACGCCCGAGGACGCCGGCCAGUACACUCUCAAGGUCUGGAACGAUUAUGGCGAAGCCACCUGCCACGGCAAGCUCAUCUGCGAGACCCUGACCAGCAGGAAGAAGCGACCGGUGGGCGACGAGUACAAGGGCUUCGAUAGGAUCAGGCGCUCCGGCGUCCCUAUGCCGCUGCCCGAGAAGCCCAUGAUCAGCGCCCUGGCAGACCGCCGCCUCACCCUCUCCUGGAUGCCCCACCUCGCCGCGCCCCAGACCAUGCCCUGCACUUACCAAGUGGAGAUGUGCGACGCGCCCGACGGCGACUGGUUCACGGUUAGAACAGGCAUUCGCGGCUGCAGCGUUGACAUCACCAACCUCAUGCCAAAAGGCGACUACAAGUUCCGCGUCCGCGUAGCAAAUAAGUAUGGUGUGUCUGAGCCAUCUCCUUACGUCGCCACCCAGAGGUUUAAGCUGGAAUUGCCUCCCGUCCGCUACGAGCCGCAGAUGGACCCCAACUACGAGUACAAGGGCGAUGGACCAUACGUUCCCGAGGGCUUCAGGAUCAGCCGCGACUCUCAGGGCAACUAUUUCGCUGCCCCGAGAUUCCUCCGCCUGCCGCACGACACGCAGUAUGGCUUGAAGGGUUUCAAUGCCAACAUCAAGUGGUAUGCGUACGGAUACCCAACCCCGAAAGUCAGAUUCGUGAAGAAUGGGCAGCCGCUUGAGGUUGGAGACAAGACGCGUUUCAAGUACAGCCAGGAAGUGACGGGUGAGAUCUGCCUCUACAUCGAUAGGAUGACCGAGGCCGAUGUGGGCACGUAUGAGUGCCUGGUCCGCAACGAGCAUGGCGAGUCACGCCAGCGCAUCAAGAUGGACAUCUGCGAGUACCCGCGGGUGCUGGAGCCACUCGAGGAGCUCCACCUCAAGGCCAACUCCUCAGGAAAGAUUGCUUGCAGAAUCACAGGCUUCCCUCCGUGCCAAGUGCAGUGGUUCAGGGACUGGGAACCUAUUGCCUUCACUUAUAAACUCAGGCCGGCGCAGUCGGAGCCAGACUUGUAUUUCCUUCAUAUCAGUGGAUGUCAAAUCAAGGAUUCUGGAUUAUACUCCGUGGCUGCUUCGAAUGUUGCUGGCACAGUUCACAGUUCCUGCAUGGUCCACGUUGAGGAUGACGACAUCGGCUUCUUCUGGAUGGGCCCAGGCUCCGGCCGCAGCGUGACCAUGAACAACCGCCGCGGAACACUAGAGGACCACUACGACGUGGGAGACGAGCUAGGUCGCGGAACGCAAGGUGUCGUCUAUCACUGCGUGGAACACCACACUGGUCGCAACUUUGCUGCUAAGUCCAUGUGGGGCAAGGACCAAUUUAAGGCCUGGAUGCAGAACGAAUUCGAGAUGAUGAACGCUCUCAACUCCUGCAAGCAAAUCGUUCGUUUGUACGAUGCGUAUGAGGGACCCAAGAACAUGGUCCUUGUCACAGAACUAUGUGGUGGAGGAGACCUGCUCGGAACUCUGACUCAGCACCAGUACCUGACGGAGUACGAGGUGUGCCACUACGUCCGCCAGAUCCUGUGCGCACUCGAAUACAUGCACGACCGCUGUAUCGCGCACCUCGGCCUUAACGUUGGAGACAUCCUUCUAACGCGUCCCAAUGGCAUCGAAAUCAAGAUCGGCGACCUGUCCCUCGCCAGAAACAUCCGCAUCAGUAAGGUCGCACCAUUGGACUACGGCAUGCCCGAGUUCGUGGCACCAGAAGUGGCAAACGGCGAGGGUGUGACAUAUGCCGCUGACAUGUGGUCUUUGGGCAUAAUCACGUACCUACUUCUGUCAGGAACCUCACCAUUCAGGGCCGAGAACGACCGCGAGACGCUGACCCGAGUGAAGAAGGGAGAGAUGAGCUUCGACAUGGAGGCCUUCAGGCACAUCUCGGACGAGGCCAAGGAUUUCAUCGCCAAGCUCCUGCUGUUCAAGCCUGACGUGCGCAUGAAUGUGAAGGACGCCCUCCUGCACCCAUGGAUCAAGAAGUGCCUCAACCCGCCAGCUGAUGCUUAUAAGAUCAACACAGACAGACUAAGGUCGUAUUACGCCAAGUUUAGGGACUGGUAUAGCAACGCCUCGUGCAAGCGCUGGUUCCGCCGCCGCACCCUCGCGUCCUGCUUCACCCAUCCCAGCAAGAUGGUGUAUCCUCCGGGAGAGGUGUACACCCCACCAGAGUCGCCGGAGAGGGACAUCGUUCCUGCUGAGGUGGAGGACUACCACGUGCCUCAAAGAAAAUACUCCUAUGAGCUCGGCCUCAUCAAAAAUGAGAGCCACUACCAGAUGGGCCCCGACACCUACCUGCUUCAGCUACGCGACGUCGACUUCCCGUGUCGCCUGCGGUCUUACAUGAAGGUGGCCACCGAUCGGUCGCCCGCCUUUGCCAUGAGCAUGCGCGAAAACGACUACGACUACACUAGGAUCCCCAUUGUGCACGAACGUCGCCGCUUCACGGACGUCAUGGACGAGGAAAUUGACGACGAGCGGAAGAGGACGGCGCUGGACCGGUACACAGCCGGGUUUGUGAGAAGCAGAAUGGAAACUUGCUCCCUCGACAUGCCGAGGAGAGUGAAGCAAGAGGUGACAAGCCGUCUCUCCAUCUACGACGAAGUGGUGGCGAGGAAGGAGGGCGCUCACUACGGCACGGCUCCCUUUCUCAGGGAGAAGCCCGACACCUGUGCGAUCACGGACGGCUGCCCUCUCACGCUUACUUGCGUCUUCACCGGCGACCCAGAACCUGUCGUCCAGUGGUUCAAAAAUGACAUCAUCCUGGGCGAAAAUUCACGGGUGUCCAUCCACACUGCCAAUGGCCGCUCCACCCUCACCUACCAAGAGUGCCAUGACUACGACGUCGGCCUCUACAAGGUAGUGGCCAGGAACACCCUGGGACAAGCCACCCACCGAUUCAGGCUUGUCCAGGGCCACAUUCCAGGCCCCUGUGACUCCCCCGACGUAUCUGAAAAGUCAGACACCGAGGUCUUGCUUCACUGGACCCCCCCUGCAGAUGAUGGCGGCUCGCAGAUCUUGUGCUACCAUGUGCAAAUGAAGUUGCCAGGUGACACUGAAUGGCUUACGGUAAGCGAAAAUAUCGACCAUGAGUUCUUCCUGGUAAAAGGCCUGACUGAGAAUUCGAUCUACCAGUUCCGAGUUGCGGCAAAGAAUUUCGUUGGUUGGGGAGAUUUCUCGGUCGGCACUGCAGCCAUCAGAACUGCUGCUGCAGGAGCCCCGAAGGUGCGGACGACACGAGAGAUGCAGAUCCUGCAGCAGGCAACAGAGAGUGGAAAAAUUGUGCUGCCUUUCCUGGAGAAGAAAGAGCUCGAUUACAGGAAGGAGACCGACCCCGUCAAACUCAAGUCCGGGGAAAAUGCCCAGUUGCAGGUGCGAAAGUACGAUAUGAUCGCUGAGCUGAGCCGAGGCAGGUUUUCCGUAACGGCCAAGUGUAUCCGCGCCGACGACCGCCGCCACUUCGCUGCUAAGCUGCUCGAGAACUACGAUCGGGAAGACGUCGUUAGGGAGGAGUUCGAGGUGUUCAAGACGCUGCGCCACGAGAGGAUCGCGCAGCUCUACGAGGCUUACAAUGUGGGUGACGUGACAGUGUUUAUCAUGGAGCAGCUGGCAGGCUUGGACGUUCUCACGUACUUGGCCAGCAAGCGCGAAUACUCAGAGCAGCACGUAGUCACUAUCGCUAUGCAGGUUCUCGACGCCUUGUCUUACCUUCACUGGCGAGGAAUGUGCCACCUAGACCUCCAGCCCGACAACGUAGUGCUCACCACGCCCCGUCGCUGCGACGUCAAAUUAGUGGACUUUGGCAGCACCCAACGCGUCUCUAAACAGGGCUCGACAGUGCCAGUCAAUGGUCUCCUUGACUUCGUAGCGCCUGAGGUUCUAGCCGAGCAGAAAGCCUUCCCUUCGAGCGACAUUUGGUCUCUUGGCGCCCUCAUCUACCUGCUCUUGUCGGGGAAGAGUGCCUUUGGCGGCGUGGACGAAGAGGACACGCACCAGAACAUCCUGCACGUGAGAUAUCGGUACGAACAUCUGGGAAGCAACACGACGCAAGAGGCCAUUCGCUUUCUGAUGCUUAUCUUCAAGAGAGAUCCGAGCAAACGACCAACCUUGGACGACUGUAGGGAACACAAAUGGUUGGUGGAAAAUGACUACAUUGUUAAGAAACGAGAACGAGCUACGUUCUUAGGCAGUCAGCUAAGGGACUUUGAUCUGUCCUACCAUAAGGAGAGAGCAAUCGCUGCCACCAAGUCCCUGCAUCUCCUCACUUAUGGCGGCAAAGAGAUUCCGGCAGCCAUCACUUACGAACCAGAGACGCAAUAACCCCAAUAAGAAAACUGGGAACAAACUUAAGUUUUAAGGUCGUGCUGCUAUCUGCCAAAGAGGAUCUUUGCCCCAACUUUUUCUUCUUCACAUGUUUGUGUCUCUAUUCGAGAAUGUUUGAUUUCGUGUACUCCGCACGAGUCUCUGAAUGCCAAUGACCCUGCUUGAGCUGAUUUACCAACUUCAGUCACUUGCAGCAGAAGCAGGUUUUAAUGCCAAAGCGCUUCCAGUAGAGACACAUUUUCACGGCUUGCCUAUAUUACCUUUGGGAAGAGCUUGGCGUACGUUUCCGAUCAUUUGGUGGCAAUACAUGAUCGACUUUAAAUCUUGAAAGACUGUAUAUGAUUACUUUCUUGUGGAAAGCCAAAUCAAAUUGCACCCUAAACAUUAUUUUGGAAGAAAAUGAAAUUUAUGUAAGAAAAGGAUUAUCAUGGGCGAGAAAGUACAAGAAUGGUUGGCCGUUCUGAUUUUAUUUGAAUGUUCUUUGUUUAUUUUCAGAUUUAGAAUAAAUGAGAGUUAUAUUGACAGUAGAACAAGUAGGAUAUAUGAGAUACUCACUAUAUUAUGGGCUAAAAAGUAUAUGAUCUUGGAAAUUAUAUGGAAUAUGUAAGUAUUUGAAUUUUUGUGUUCACACAAUACAUUUCUUUGUCAUCGUAGAAUAUUAUUUUAGUUAACGAUUAUAUUUCAUUUGCUUCUGGGAUUUAUUAAUGCAAGAUUUUCUCUCUAGUUUAUCUUUAUUUUAUUGUUUCGUAAGGCUGUCAGUAUUCCAGAGUUAGAGAUAAGAAUUUAUAGAAUUUGGUGCUUUUGGUGAAACCCGUCUUAGGAAGAAUAUAGGUUAGUGCACUGCAUUGACGUGGAAAAUGUAUGCAUUUUUUUCUUGAAAUAAAAUAUAACCUGCACACAUGCACCCAACGCUGGGUAUGCGAAAUCCCAUCUUUUUUGUCUUUGUCAUGUUCAUCUCAGUAGAUUCAGAAUGAGGCUUCGGUACACGAUAUUAUGACCACAGUGCUUUAGAGUAGAGUAAUGUUGUUUUCGAAAGUUCUUUGAGUAAUCUACUUUUUUGGCAAACCCAUAUAUAACGAUCCAUUAAAAGCCUCUGCCAUAUAUUUUUUCUGAUGUGCAUAUGAUAGUUGUAGUCACCCUUAAUAGUCUGUUAACUGUAUUGUUUGUCACAUGUUUGAGGUUGUUUGCCAUUUCUUUUGCUGACUCUUCUUCGACGUCAUGGUCAGUCGUGCUGAUGAAGGGCCGGCUGACGAAUGAUUUUGAGGAAACUAGUGUAAUGUUGUACAGAAUAUUGGUAUCGUCUGAUUUUGACGAAUAUAAAGCUUUCAUUAU